GCAGCACGCACACCUGCAGGAUCAGAAGUGGAGCCUUGAAUUGCAUCCAGUAAUAAAUUUCUUAUCACUGCAUAUAGUUAAGCUGAAAGACCGGCCGGCGGCCAUCGGAAUUUGGAAGUGAAAAUGAGCGGAGAGGGGAAAGCCGUAUGCGUGACUGGUGGCUCCGGCUUCAUAGCUUCUUGGCUCGUCAAGCUGUUGCUCCACCGCGGUUACACCGUCCACGCCACCGUUCUCAACCUCAGAGAUCCAAAUCAGGUGUCACAUCUUCUUGCAUUUGAUGGGUCAAAUGAGAGGCUGCAUUUGUUUGAAGCUGACUUACUUGAAGAAAAAUCUUUUGAUCCUGCAAUGAAGGGUUGUGUUGGUGUUUUUCACACAGCAUCACCUGUUACAUUUUCACCAUUGGCUACUAAGGCAGAACUAGUGGAUCCUGCAGUAAAGGGGACACUAAAUGUUCUUGGUUCAUGUGUGAGAACACCUUCUAUAAAAAGGGUAGUGGUAACAUCCUCAACAGCUUCAAUUUUGAUCAAAGAAAAUCCAGUACGUCCAGAUGAUGUGGUUGAUGAGACUUGGUUUUCAGAUAAAGAAUUUGUAGAGGAAAACAAGCAAUGGUAUAUCUUGUCCAAAAUCCUUGCUGAGGAAGUUGCAUGGAAAUAUGCAAACGAGAAAGGGAUUGACAUGGUCACAUUGCACCCUUGUUGGGUAAUUGGCCCUAUGUUACAACCGAGUCUUAGUUUAAUUAAUCAGUUGAUUCUCGACCUUAUAAAAGAAGGAGUGGAAUUUUCACCAGCCGGAAACUAUAGAUUUAUUGAUGUUAGAGAUGUUGCAAAUGCUCAUAUACAUGCAUUUGAGCUACCUUCCGCAAGUGGAAGAUAUUGUUUGGUUGGAGUAACAGUACACUCUUCCAAGGCUUUGAAGAUUAUAGGCAAGCUUUACCCUUCUCUUGCCCUUCCUGACAAAUAUAAAGAAGAUUUGCUUAUAUCACCAAGCUACCAAGUAUCACAAGAAAAGGCAAAGCAGUUGGGCAUCACCUUGACCUCUUUGGAAGUGAGUCUUAGGGACACUGUUGAAAGUUUGAAAGAGAAAAACUUCCUCCACUUCUAAGAGCAUUGGCCCAAUGGAAAUAUUAAAUCUUCAACUCAGCCUUCCCCAUCCACUCAGCUUCUCUCUCCUUUAAUUUAUAGCAAACAAAUCUGGACAAUUUAAGGUGUUUGCACUGUAGCCUCCUUUCUGCUAGCUUAGGUUUUUUUUUUUUUUUUUUAAAUAAUAAUUAAUAAUAUAUAUGUUGUCUAAUGGGAAAGAGGAGUAAGUGGCAGAC